AUGGGCAAAGAACAGAUUCCGAAUUUACCUGUUAGGAGCGCCAAGGUUAGAAUUGUAACAGCCCACAAGCCACUGUUACCAUUAUUCAACAAGGCGACUGCGAAACUGCCACCAAGAAUUGAGAGAUGGGUAAUGGACAUGCAAGAUGUUGAAUUUGAGCUCGAGUACCAGCCUGGGAAAGAUGAACAAGACCCUCUUGAUUUUCUGUCGAGACACCCGCUUCCAACAACCGGCAAUGACAACACUGAGAAAACAGUCAAGUAUACCAUAACAGCACAGCAUGCAGUCGUCAUCGAUAGAAUUAAAGAAGAAACCAGAAAAGAUAGUCAACUGCAGAAGCUGAAAGAUGUCAUCAGAACCAGCAGCUGGGACAAAUACAGACAAGAUCCAAUGUUACAGCCAUUCUACCAUGUCAGAGAUGAGCUAUUUGAGGCAGAAGAUCUAAUCUUCAAAUCGGACCAGAUAGUCAUGCCAACAAGCCUACAGAGGAAGAUUGUCAACACAGCACACUCUAUGGGACACCUGGGGAUGACCAAAACAAAACAGAUGCUGAGAGCCAAGUACUGGUUUCCACAUAUGAACGCCAUUACAGAGCAGAUAAUCGGCCAGUGUAUGGAACGCCAGGUUACAACCAAGUCACAUCGCCAGGAACCUGUAAAGAUGACAGAGAUACCCAAGAAGCCAUGGGAAGCGGUAGCUACUGAUUUUGGUGGACCAUACCCAGACGGUCACUAUAAUCUGGUUGUCAUCGACAAGAGGUCAAGAUACCCUGAAGCUGAGAAGGUUGCAUCAACAAGUGCUAAACCUACCAUCGAGAAGCUGCGUAAGAUGUUUGCCACACACGGAGUGCCACGGCAGUUAGAUUCCGAUAAUGGACCGCCCUUCACGUCAGAAGCUUUUCGACAAUUUGCGGAGGAAGAAGGUUUCGAUCACCAUAAAGUGACACCACUCCAUGCGAGGGCUAAUGGCGAGGCAGAAAGUUUCAUGAAGAUGCUUAACAAGAUCGAGCAGAUCUGCCAUCUACAAAAUUUAUCGGGAGCAGACAGAGAACAAGCCAUACAGAAUAUGCUGGUAGCAUAUCGAUCCACGCCACAUCCAGGGAUCGGUGUGUCACCAUAUCAAGCCAUGAUGAACCGGGACGUCCGCACGAAACUUGACUACAUUGAGCCAGUACAACCUGAAGACGAUCCAAUAGCGGAGACAGACAGGGCCUAUAAGGAGAAAAUCCAACAACAAUCAGCCAGACAUCGUCUAAUCGAGUACAACGCAAUACCGGAUGCUGAUACCGAUGGGCGAGAGGAGAUGUUACGAGAGAUGAAUGAUUCGUCUCCAGAUUCCGCUAAUUCGUCUCCAAAUGCAGGAGAAAACCUCCAUGACGUCGAAUCAAACGCAGAUACGAAUGAUUCGUCGGGCACUGAACAUGAAACGAGACAACCAACGACAUCUCAUCGCAGUGCCACUACAUCUCAAUCAUCGGGCGCUGAAAACGUCAACCAGCAACCUACGAAUACAACCGAUCGUCGUAGCGCCACACCGCGGAAACUGCCAGCUCGAGAACGUUAA